AUGUCGCUCUUAUCAAAAAAAUUAGGCUUAGAUUAUAAAUCCUCUCUUGUUGGCUUGGGAUUUGAUGGAGCAUCAGUCAUGAGUGGAGGAAUUAGUGGCGUUCAGAAACGUAUAAAAGAGAAAGCACUUUUUGCUUAUUAUGUUCAUUGUUGCGGUCAUAAGCUCAAUUUGGUUUUGACAAGUGUUGCAAAGAACGUACCACAAGCAUCUGAAUUUUUCAGUCUUCUUGAAGAAGUCUAUAUCUUUGCUAGUAAUGCAGUGGUUCAUGAGAAGUUCCUUUCUAUACAGCGUGAAAUGUUUCCUGAAGAACACAUUCGAGAAUUUCAACAUCUCAGUGAUACUCGCUGGUGGUGUCAGGCUACCUCCUGUGAUGAUGCUUUAUUACGUCUGGAAUGUAUUAUAAGACUUUUGAAGGAGACUUCUGCAGAUGAUACUGGAGCUCGAGCUGUAUCUGCUAGAGGUUUACUUGCUCAGAUGGAUCCAGAAUUUGUUUGUUUAUUGCAGUUUUUCUCUGAAAUUCUGGGAAAAAUAAAUAAAGUAUCUCACUGGCUGCAGGACAAACAGGCAGACCUUGGAAAAGCAGCUAAACUUAUUUCUUGUCUUCGUGAAGAUUUAGCUGAUGUAAGAAACUCCAACUUAAUUGAGAAUUACUCUAAUAUGGUUGACGAACUCUCUGUAACACUUCCUGUUACCAGUGCUUCUUGUGAAAGGUGUUUUUCCAAAAUGAAAAUAGUAAAAACAUUUCUUAGAAAUUCAAUGACUAGUGAGAGACUAAGUAACACUGCAUUGUUAUCAGUUGAAAGUAAACGGGCUGAGAGUAUUGACUUAGAUAGUUUUGUAGAUGAGUUUGACAGCCGACAUGACAAUUGUAGAAUCAAACUGCACUAA